CACUCACUCCAUUCCUCCCCCGCAUUUUCUCUUCAACCAAACAUUACCUAAGCAAACAAAAAGCACACAUUUCUCAUAUAAAGUAAACAUAGUAGCUGGCCCUAUGGCUUCUUCAUCAGCAUCAUCAGUUGCUAGUGGCAGCUGUUGUCUUAAGGCUAAACUCCCUGUUUCAAGUUCAAAAUCAGCUUCUUCCUCUAUAGCUUUCAAGAGGGGGAAUGACAGAAAACCCUACAUUUCGUGUUCUCUUCAGACUCCUUCCAUUCUUCAUUUUCCUAAAAAACAAUCACCUGUUUUCCCUCCAUCGCCUUCUUCCAGUCCUUCCACGAAGCAUGUUUCUUCUGACGAUGAGAAAGCUCAAUCACAGCAAUGGAAUCCCUUGCAGAGAACGGCGGCUAUGGCUUUAGAUGCAGUAGAGAAUGCUUUAGUCUCUCACGAGCGUCGGCAUCCUUUGCCGAAAACAGCUGACCCCAGAGUUCAAAUCGCCGGGAACUUUGGGCCUGUCUCUGAGCAGCCAGUCAAGCAGAGACUCGCUGUUAUCGGCACAAUCCCGGAAUGUAUACAGGGUGUCUACGCUCGAAACGGGGCGAACCCACUUCAUGAGCCGGUGGCCGGACACCAUUUCUUCGAUGGGGAUGGGAUGGUUCAUGCGGUUCAGUUCAAAAAUGGCUCAGCUAGCUACGCUUGUAGGUUCACUGAAACGAACCGUCUUGUUCAAGAACGAUCUUUUGGGCGUCCGGUUUUCCCCAAGGCCAUAGGUGAACUCCAUGGACACUCAGGCAUAGCUAGGCUGUUACUUUUCUACGCUCGAGGCUUAUUCGGACUCGUCGAUCCGAGCCAUGGUACCGGUGUUGCGAAUGCUGGACUAGUUUACUUCAACGGUCACCUUCUCGCCAUGUCGGAAGAUGAUUUGCCUUACCAUGUUCGUAUCACACAGUCCGGUGACUUGAAAACCGUUGGCAGAUAUGAUUUUGAUGAACAAUUAAAGUCUACAAUGAUUGCUCACCCCAAAGUUGAUCCACAAACGGGUGAAUUCUUUGCUCUCAGCUAUGAUGUUAUCCAAAAGCCAUAUCUUAAGUACUUCAAAUUCGCACCCGAUGGUAAGAAAUCACCCGAUGUCGAAAUCCCGGUUGAUGGUCCAACAAUGAUGCACGAUUUCGCAAUCACCGAGAAUUUUGUGGUGAUCCCGGACCAGCAAGUAGUUUUCAAAUUGGGUGAAAUGGUUCAUGGUGGUUCACCAGUUGUGUAUGACAAGAACAAGGUGUCAAGGUUUGGUGUAUUAGACAAGAAUGCCAUUGAUGCGUCCGGGAUUAAAUGGAUUGAGGCACCUGAUUGCUUCUGUUUCCAUCUUUGGAAUGCAUGGGAAGAGCCGGAGACCGAUGAAGUUGUUGUGAUCGGUUCUUGCAUGACGCCUCCGGAUUCCAUUUUCAACGAAUGUGAAGAGAAUCUCAAGAGUGUUCUGUCCGAAAUUCGAUUGAAUUUGAAGACCGGAAAAUCUACUCGCCGUGCCAUCAUCUCGGAAUCCGAGCAAGUUAACUUGGAGGCAGGGAUGGUAAACAAGAACUUACUCGGAAGAAAAACCCGGUAUGCAUAUUUAGCUCUAGCCGAGCCUUGGCCUAAAGUGUCAGGAUUCGCCAAAGUCGACCUCUCCACCGGCGAGGUUAACAAGUAUAUCUACGGAGAGCAAAGGUAUGGUGGCGAGCCUUUGUUCUUUCCUCGAAAUCCCGAUUCGCCGGAUGAAGACGACGGCUAUAUUUUGGCUUUCGUCCACGACGAAAAGACCUGGAAAUCAGAACUGCAGAUAGUGAACGCCAUGGAUUUAAAGCUAGAAGCGACGGUUCAACUUCCGUCUCGAGUUCCAUACGGCUUUCAUGGAACAUUCGUGAGCUCAAAGGACUUGGAAAAACAGGCCUAAUUCCAUCAGCCAUUUUCGAUGCUUGAAAAGGAGAGAUUUACCAGAGGGAUGCUUUGCAUAGGAUUGUCCCCGGAAUCUCUUCCUCUGUUUUUGGGAUUAGUCCCACACUUUUACAACACGCUUUUGGUUAUAUUUUAAGGUGAAAAGAUUUUGAGAAACACAGCUUGUAGCUUUUGACCAUCGAAGCUCACCUGGUUUCUGCUUAUUGUCUCACUGUGCGUUCAUUAAACAGUACAUAAAAUUAUAGGAAAAGUUAGUAUUUCCUCUGUAAUUCUCUGUUUCCGUGUGAAUACUUGAAAUCUACAGUAAAUGAUAUAUUUCUUUAUACCAUUUGUUUA